GACAUUCUACAGAAUCCGUUGGAUCAUCACUGGGUUCAACGUGGAUGCGCUAAGUGGAUCGUAUACAAUCACUGCGCAAUACACGCUCUCUACAAAAGUGACAUAAACAGAGAUCCCAGUCACUAUACUUUUGAUGUAACAGACCCCCAGUUUCCAUUAACUAUAGCGCCUUUUACACUCACAGAUGAGGGAAGUUCCACCGAGCACAAUUGCAGUAUCCUACGAUGGUACAUCAUACAGUGAUGGGGAUACCUUUCCGAUCGUGGCUGGUUCCAAUCGUCAAUUCACCUGCACAACACCUGGCGUCAAACCAGCAGCCAACUUCACCUGGACCCUACCCACAAGCAUCACUACAGACCAGCCACUAGGAUCUCAGACAGAUGCUCCUAAUAGUGGUGAUAGCAGGUUGACAGACAGCACCAACAUGAUCACUGUAGACAUCGCAGGGACACCAGCUACUGCUCAGCUGACGUGUGGUGCUACCAAUAGACAAGAUGGACUGACCAACACAGAGAUUGACCUCACUGUGACCCUCCAAGUGAAAGGUAAAGCAUGA